CGCAACAUAUACCACCAAUAAAGUCCACAGCAGUAUUCCCCAAUUCCACCAGCUCGCUAGACCAAGCAAAGCGAGAGGCAAGCAUUUGGAGCUCUGCUGAGCUGUGAUACUCCCCGGAGCGGAAAGGCGUAGCCAUGGAGGGCAACGGCUCGCAGAGGGCGCCGUCGACGGCGCCGUCGGCACGGGUGUCGAUCUGGGAGUCGGUGCGCGCGUGCGGGCUGUGGGGGACGGAGGUGGACAAGGCCGAGCUGCGGAGGCAGGUCGUCAUGCCGCUCUACCUGCGCCGCGCCGUGGCGGCAGCCGUCGCGGCCAAGGACGAGGCGGCCGGCUUGGCGGCUGCGGAGGAAAAGGCGGAGGGGGAGGGGGAGGGGGCGGUGGUGGCGCCCGUGGUGGUGUUCGUGAACUCGAAGAGCGGUGGGCGGCACGGGCCCGUGCUCAAGGUGCGGCUCCACGAGCUCAUCAGCGAGGAGCAGGUCUUCGAUCUGUCUGUUGUGAAGCCUUCUGAUUUUGUUCACUAUGGUUUGAGUUGUUUGGAGCGGUUAGCUGACCAAGGUGACAACUGCGCGAAAGCCACUCGUGAAAAGAUGAGGAUUGUGGUUGCUGGGGGUGAUGGCACAGUUGGUUGGGUGCUUGGAUGUCUCUCAGAUCUUUAUAAGAUGAAAAGGGAACCAGUUCCACCCACAGGAAUCAUUCCACUUGGUACAGGAAAUGACCUUGCUAGAUCAUUUGGAUGGGGUGGCUCUUUUCCCUUUGGUUGGCGCUCAGCUGUAAAGCGUUACCUCAGCAAGGCUGCCACUGCUCCCAUCUGCCAUCUUGACAGUUGGCAAGCUGUAAUUCUGAUGCCAGAAGGAGAAAUAAAAGAGUUGCCAUAUGCACUUAAGAAAGUGGAACCUUCAGAUCGGUUGGAGAUCAGCCAGGAGAAUGGCACUGAGUUACCUGAAAAAGCUUCUUGCUAUAAAGGAGUGUUCUACAACUACCUUAGCAUCGGGAUGGAUGCUCAGGUUGCGUAUGGCUUCCACCAUCUUCGUGAUGCAAAGCCAUACCUUGCACAAGGACCAGUUGCAAAUAAGUUGAUUUAUGCUGGAUAUAGCUGCACUCAGGGGUGGUUCUGUACACCUUGUGCAGCAGGUCCUCAGCUAAGGGGGCUCAAGAACAUAUUGCGGCUUUACAUUAAAAAGGUCAAUUGUUCUGAAUGGGAGCAAGUUCAAAUGCCUUCAAGUGUUAGAUCCCUAGUUGUCUUAAAUUUAAACAACUAUGGCAGUGGAAGGCAUCCAUGGGGUGAUCUUAAACCUGAAUAUCUUGAAAAGAGAGGUUUUUUUGAAGCUCAUUCAGAUGAUGGGUUGCUUGAAAUAUUUGGCCUGAAAGAGGGUUGGCAUGCUUCAUUUGUUAUGGCGGAGCUUAUAAAAGCAAAGCAUAUUGCCCAGGCUGCGGCUAUCAAGUUUGAAAUGAGGGGUGGCCAGUGGGAUCGAGCAUAUGUUCAAAUGGAUGGAGAGCCAUGGAAACAGCCGCUCGUUCAGGAUCGGUCCACCAUUUUGGAAAUAAAUAAGGUUCCUUAUCAUUCUCUCAUGAUAAAUGGGGAGCAAUGAUAUUUUCCUAUGUUAAUCAGGGUUGCAUUUUUUUAUCGUUAGAUCGUGUACAGUUCAGGAGCAGCCGGGAUUAGAUUCUUACUUUUCAUGCCAUGGUCGAGUUAGGGCUGGAGCCCGGAGCAUGAUGUGGCAGCAUGCACUGUUGUAUCAUAUGUGUUGUAUCCUAAGUUCUCUUGAGGAUAAAAAACAAGCUUAACUUAUUUGCAGUGUAACUUUGUGUGUCAUCGCAAAAAAUAUCUGAUGAAAAACACCAUCGAAGCUGUAAAAUUGGACAGUUUGCCGUUUGCACUGUCCUAGAUUAUGUUGUUUUGCAUACAACUUAAUUCACGGUCAGAAUUUUCCUUUGCAUCA